UGGAUUGGUCGCGGACACAGGGCUGUUACAGAUGGGCCAGCGGAUUCAUUUACAAUGAAUAUACCGGCUCUUUAUAGUCAAACGGCCACUUUUACGGCAGUUAUGCAUAUUUUUCGUUUAUUAUGGAUAAUGCCGUCUGUGUGGGCUGUAGAAGAUGUCUUGAUGGACUCUACGACAGCGACAGCAGAGCUGGGCUGGACGAUAUACCCGUCAUUAGGGUGGGAGGAGGUGAGUGGCUAUGAUGAGAAUAUGAACACCAUCCGCACCUACCAGGUGUGCAACGUCUUUAACAGCAGCCAGAACAACUGGGUGCGCACCAAGUACAUCCGGCGACGGGGGGCUCAGCGCAUCCACGUGGAAAUGAAGUUCUCGGUGCGAGACUGCAGCAGCAUCCCCAACAUCCCAGGCUCCUGCAAGGAGACAUUCAACCUCUACUACUUUGAAUCCGACUUGGACACGGCCACCAAAGUGUCCCCUGCCUGGAUGGAGAACCCCUGGAUUAAGGUGGACACCAUUGCGGCCGAUGAGAGCUUCUCGCAGGUGGACCUUGGGGGGCGUGUCAUGAAGAUCAACAGGGAGGUGCGCAGCUUCGGACCUGUGUCUCGUAACGGCUUCUACUUGGCCUUUCAGGAUUACGGGGCCUGUAUGUCGCUCAUUGCCGUGCGCGUUUUCUACCGAAAGUGCCCCCGUGUCGUGCGCAACGGGGCCGUCUUCCCAGAAACUUUGUCAGGGGCCGAGAGCACUUCCUUAGUGGCGGCUAGGGGAACCUGUAUACCCAAUGGAGAGGAGGUGGACGUGCCCAUUAAACUGUACUGCAAUGGAGACGGGGAGUGGUUGGUUCCUAUUGGGCGAUGUAUGUGCAAAGCAGGACAUGAAGCAGUGGAGAAUGGCACCAUCUGCAGAGCAUGCUCCUCUGGAUUCUUCAAACCGUCCCAGGGAGACCAGCAGUGCCUGCAGUGUCCCAUGAACAGCCGCACCACCAACGAGGGAGCUACCAACUGCGUGUGCCGCAACGGCUACUACCGGACGGACUCGGACCCUGCACAGAUGCCCUGCACAACCGUGCCAUCCGCACCGCAGAGGGUGAUCUCCAGCGUGAACGAGACGUCGCUGAGGCUGGAAUGGAGCCCCCCACGCGAGAGCGGCGGCCGCGAGGACGUCGUCUACAACAUCAUCUGCAAGAGCUGUGGCUCAGGCCGCGGGGCCUGCACGCGCUGUGGGGACAACGUCCAGUUCGUCCCACGGCAGCUGGGCCUGACCGAAUCCCGCGUCCACAUCAGCGACCUGCUGGCCCACACGCAGUACACCUUCGAAAUCCAGGCCGUCAACGGCGUCUCUGACCAGAGCCCUUACUCACCACAGUUCGCCUCGGUGAACAUCACCACCAACCAGGCUGCGCCAUCAGUGGUGUCCAUCAUGCAUCAGGUCAGCAGGACAGUAGACAGCAUCACUCUGUCCUGGUCACAGCCAGACCAGCCCAAUGGGGUCAUUUUGGACUAUGAGCUGCAGUACUAUGAGAAGAACAUGGCUGAGUUGAACUCUUCUGUACUGAGGAGCCAGACUAACACAGCAGUGGUCCGAGGCCUGAAGCCAGGGACCAUCUAUGUGUUCCAGGUGCGGGCUCGGACGGUGGCGGGGUUCGGACGCUUCAGUGGGAAAAUGUACUUCCAAACUAUGACUGAAGAGGAGUAUAACUCCAGCCUGCAGGAGAAACUGCCACUCAUCAUCGGCUCUGCUGCUGCGGGCUUUGUUUUUCUCGUUGCUGUCAUUGUGCUCGUCAUUGUCUGCAAUCGGAGAGGCAGUGACAGGACAGAGUCUGAAUACACAGACAAGCUGCAGCACUACACCAGCGGCCACAUGUCACCAGGAAUGAAGAUCUACAUAGAUCCUUUCACUUAUGAGGACCCCAAUGAAGCUGUACGGGAGUUCGCCAAAGAAAUAGACAUGUCCUGUGUGAAGAUCGAACAAGUCAUUGGUGCAGGUGAGUUUGGGGAGGUGUGCAGUGGCAACCUGCGCCUGCCUGGGAAAAGAGAGAUCCUGGUAGCCAUUAAGACACUGAAGUCAGGCUACACUGAGAAGCAGAGGAGGGACUUCCUGAGCGAGGCCAGCAUCAUGGGCCAGUUUGACCACCCCAACAUCAUCCACCUGGAGGGGGUGGUGACCAAGAGCAGCCCUGUCAUGAUCAUCACUGAGUUCAUGGAGAAUGGCUCACUGGACUCCUUCCUGAGGCAAAACGACGGGCAGUUUACUGUGAUUCAGUUGGUGGGCAUGCUGCGUGGCAUCGCUGCCGGGAUGAAGUAUCUGUGUGAUAUGAACUACGUCCACCGGGACCUGGCUGCUCGCAACAUCCUGGUCAACAGCAAUCUGGUGUGCAAAGUGUCUGAUUUUGGUCUCUCCCGCUUCCUGGAAGAUGAUACAUCAGACCCCACCUACACCAGCGCCCUAGGAGGGAAGAUUCCUAUCCGAUGGACCGCUCCAGAGGCCAUCCAGUACAGGAAGUUCACCUCCUCCAGUGAUGUGUGGAGCUACGGCAUCGUCAUGUGGGAGGUCAUGUCUUAUGGAGAGAGACCAUACUGGGACAUGAGCAAUCAAGAUGUAAUCAAUGCCAUAGAGCAGGAUUAUAGGUUACCUCCCCCUAUGGAUUGUCCCAAUGCAUUACACCAGCUAAUGCUGGACUGCUGGCAGAAGGACCGCAACAACCGGCCUAAAUUUGGCCAGAUUGUGAACACCCUGGAUAAAAUGAUUCGCAACCCCAACAGCCUGAAGGCCACUACCCCACUCUCUUCAGGCAUGCACCUACCUCUGCUGGACCGCAGCACUCCAGACUUCUCCAGCUUUAACAGUGUGGAUGAGUGGCUGGACGCUAUCAAGAUGGGCCAGUACAAGGAGAACUUCGCCAACGAGGGCUUUACCUCCUUCGAUGCUGUUUCCCAAAUGACAAUGGAUGACAUUCUGAGAGUGGGAGUCACUCUAGCUGGCCACCAGAAGAAGAUUUUCAACAGCGUGCAGAUGAUGCGAGCUCAGAUGAACCAAAUCCAGUCGGUGGAGGUUUGACCCUCAGAGGUGGA